AUGCGCGCCCACAGCCAGGUCUGCCCUCUGCCCUGGCCCUGGCCCAAGGAGCAUAACGAUUGCAAUCACCGUCGUAAUUCCAACCACCACUACUCCAAUAAUAACAAGACGACUCCAAGCCACCACUUCCACUUCCAAUUCCACAAUAACAACAAUAACAUGUCUGGCGGUGGCGCCAGGACGACGCUGCGCGAGUUCCUGAGCCCGCUGCGGACCACCGACUCGCAGCUGUACAACAUGGCCUGCUCCUUUUCCAGCGUCUUUCGCGAUCUGGCGUCCAGCAGUGACAACGACUCCUUCAGCCCCGUGCCCGUCGCCCGCCUGCCUGGCGGCCAGGAGCGCGGUCGCUAUCUCGCCGUCGACGUGGGCAUUACCACGCUGAGGGUCGCGUUUAUCGAGUUGCUGGGCGAGAGCGCUGCCAGGUCGCGCUCCAUCAGCAACGUGAUUCGCCAGGUGCGCCAUUCGCGAGUGCGGCGCACCCUCGAGAAGGCGUGGAGGAUCGAGGACCGGCUCAAGCAGGACCAGCCGCACGAGCUGUUUUUGUGGAUUGGCAACUGCAUCGCGGAGGUGGUCAAGGACGAUUUGCUCUCGAAUGCCUCCUCGCGGGAUCCGCCGGCGCAUAUCGAAACGGGCAUUGCAUUUGGCCUUCCAAUCAAGCAAGAUUCCCUCGAAGCAGCCACCUUGAUGCAGACCGGGAAAGGCUUCACCAUUGGCACGGACUUGGACCUCCGCCAGUCCAUCUUGCAGGGCUAUGAGCGCCACACUCGCCGCACAGCAGACGAAGGGGACGAGGAGCGAGCGGCCAAACGCCAGAGACACUAUGUGCUGCCGCAACUGAAAAUCAUCGCCCUCACAAACGAUGCGGUCGCGACGCUGCUCUCGCUCUCGUACUCUAUCAAGUCAUUCCCCAACAGCCGCGUCGCCAUGGGCAUCGUGCUGGACGAAGGCUGCAACGCCACCAUUCCCAUGACGCUGUCUGACCUGCACCCCUCCAAAGGCCGGCACAUACAGGCACACGAGCCUAAUGCCGCGCAGACUCUGGUCAGCACGGAAUGGACCCUGCACAGUGCCGCCUCUCCGUUGCGCGAUCACGGCGUCAUGACCAAAUGGGACCUGCAGCUGGAUUCACGCUCGGCUCGACCGGGCUUCCAGCCCCUGGAGUACAUGACUGGUGGCCGCUACAUCGGGGAAUUGGUGCGCAUCAUCCUUAACGACUACUUUGCACAUAUUCUGGGCAUCCCAGAGCGACUUCUUCCCAACUGCCUCGUCACGCCAUACGCCCUCCGCACAGAAUCCAUCAUCAACCUCAUAUCGGCACAAUUGCCUCUCCACGAACUUGUCAAGACCCUCAACGAGUGCGAGCUUUCUCAUCAUCACCACAAUCCUCCUCCCAAUGGCUGGUCAUGGACCCCCGAGACCGCCAGCGCACUCCGCGACGUGGCGCAGGCCGUGCAAACGAGAUCGGCUGCACUGGUAGCCGCAGCCACCGUCGGCCUUUUAGCGUCCAACCACGAAGUCUCUCUCCGAGAUCCUAAGAUUCCGGCAGCUACUUUUCCGACGUCUCUAGAGUUGAGCAGCUCGCCGUCAAAGAGCUUCCACGAGAUGAGUUUUCGUGCCGGUGGUGGCGGUUCUGCGGCUCCUCCUCGCGGCCUGCAGGAUUGGUUCGGCGGUCCGGAGGAGCUGGUGGUGGCAUACAUUGGAGGGAUUAUUCAGCACUAUCCGAACUAUAAGGAGAACUGCCAGCGCUAUAUUGAUCGCUUGCUAAUGCAAGGCGGCCCGCAGGAGGGCGGAAAGAGUGUUUUCCUUCGCGAGGCUACGGAUGGGGUUAUUAUUGGGGCUGGCGUGCUGGCUGGGAUGUUUGCACCAUAG